AUGGCUGCCGAAACUCAGCCUGUUCUAUAUUCACCCUUUGUAGUUGACGAACUUGUUGAUUGUGUGGCUGGUGCUGAGGCCCAGCAUUUCAAACUCGAGAUCAAGUUGUUUUGGACUCAAGACGCACUUA